AUGGAUUUCUCGCUGGGCGAACGUAGUAUUCUCGAGUGGGAUGAGGACGAUGUGCACGCUUUCUUUACUUCACUCGGCUUUCCUCAAUACGAGAGUCAACUCAAAGAACACAACAUCUCGGGAGAUGUACUCUGCAUGCUUGACUCCGAGGGCCUCAAAUCAGUCGGUGUUACUACUAUAGGACAGAGACUGGCCAUCUUGAAGGCCGUUUGGCAACUCAAAAUCACCCAUAAUAUACCAAUCGAGGAAGACCACUAUGUGCCACCAUCCGAAGCCCAAGAACGAGCCCAGGGAAUGACCGUAGAGAAGCUGUAUGGCGCAGUUGACGAGCAAGCCACCAGGAUACAGUAUCUUGAAGAAGACAAUCGCCACUUACAGUCAAACCUCCAAGUUCUCAUGGAUGAAUUGAAUACUCUUCGCACUUCUAUAUCCAACUUUACGACUUCAUUAAACCUCGCACCUCACGCCAACAGCAACUCGAAUAGCGACAGUAGUCCUAUACGGCGACAACCCUCCUUCAAGUGGGCCAACUUCAUUAAGCCGCAGCGCUCGCCUACGAAACUAGACACCAUUGCUUCCUCUUCAACAGCCAAGUUGGAUAGCAUCGACUCACCCCACCCAUCUCCACAAGGAUUUGACAGCGACCUGUCUUAUGCGCAGACUCAGCCCCCGCCGCAACCGCCAAGUCAACCAUCAGUGCAACCACUUCAACCACUUCGUCCACAACCUACACACCAAUCGUCACUCCCCUAUGGCUCCGCCCCGUUGGCUGAGGCAGCCCCGAAUCAUCCUGUUUCCGCGUCAGCCAUAAAUGCUAACGUCACGUCGCCUUCCACUACCUCUAUUGCUACAUCAAACCAUACACCGCCUCCAGCGAAUGGGGCCUCAUCGGCUACAGCGACACUGCAGAAGCCGCACAGGCAAGAGAACCCAGACCUACAGAAACCUCACCGCCAAGACAGUUAUGACAAUCUUCGUGAGGGCAAUAAAGGUGACAAAGAUAACCUCAAGAGUUUCAAGGUUUCUUUGGAGGACCCAACUUGGAAAGUUCUACCAGCGGCUCUCAAAAAGUAUAAGAUCAACAACGAUAAUUGGCAGAACUAUGCUAUGUUCAUUUGCUACGGUAAUCCAGGAAACCGUAUCGAGCGAUGUCUAUCAUAUGAUGAGAAGCCACUCCUGCUGUUCCAAAAGCUGAAGGACGCCAAGAAGAAUCCUGUUUUCAUGCUUAAACACAUCAAGGAUAUCCGUUCUCCCAUCGCCGUCGCUCAGCAGAAGCUUGCCGCUCGCAAGGCAGGAUCAAUAGCGUCCAACAAUGGGAAUGCCACCGAUCCUUCAGCUGAGACACCGGUAGCUACGUCACACGCCCAAGUCGCUUCGAAUGGUGGUAGCAAUGGAACGAAACACGGAUCAGAUCGUUCAGCCCGCCCAUCGGCGCUCACAUUGCCAGACUAUCAAGGAGGUCCAGGCCCUGGGACUGGAACUGGCAGCGCGCGCGCGCCUUCGAGUGGGCUCCUGACUACAGGUCUUAGCCCCCAACCUGGAUGGCCGUCGGAGAAUAGCAUGCUUUCUCCAGGAGUUGUCGAUGGUAAAUCUAUCGGGUCGUCAGGCUUGGACGAAAGCCACAUGAGCCAGUCAAGCGUAGGCUCUAAUAUGACUGGCACGACGCUAGUCAAUAGUGUUGGCGGGCAUGGAUCCCACGGUAGCCAUGGAUCUUCCUCCUCCAUCAGUACCGCUCGGGAGAUUCCAGCUUCAACAGGUAUCUCUUAUGCAGUGGCUAUAUAUCCUUACAUGGCGGAGCAGGAUGAUGAGUUCGAUGUUGUUGUGGGAGAUACCUUUGUUAUUCUGUCUCGAGCCCGUGGGUGGUGGGUCGUCCAGCGCGAUCCUACAGGCUCUGGAAUCGUCGACACCGAGAUAUCCAAGCAAGGAUGGGUACCCGCCGGGUGCCUACUCGAGACCAAUGUUCCCGUGGCGUCUGCAAUAGCUGAAGCGACAGCAUCGAAGACAAAUGGUUUGCUAACCUCAUCAUCGACGGCUAGUAGCAGUUCUGGUUCUCCACCAAUUACCCCAGCAGGCAAGACACCCAUUCUGCCCCUGAGCAUCAUCUCGACGAGUUUCCCUGGUAUCGCAUUGAUGGACUACAAGAAGAAGGGAGACGAGGAGCUAGAUCUUGCAAAGGAUGACGCCUUGAGAGUCUUCAAGCGAUAUAAUCAUUGGUCAUACGCUGUCAAAGAAGAGAGCGGCGACCGCGGUUGGGUGCCAUCGUGGUUCAUCGGGAAGGUCUCCACAGCCCCCGCUACUCCGAAUACGAGUGGGCCUAAUAACCCCAUGACCAUUGAUGAUGGAAUCAGCCAGCCACAAGUAUCCCCCAUGUCGUCAGCAUUCCCAUCCGUGCAGUCAAAAACUGCUGCCGUCGUAUAA